AUGUAUGACUUAAAGACUUGGGCUGAGUAUGUUGUGGAAUGGGCUGCAAAGGAUGGCUUCCUUACAUAUGGCUUCCUUACAACAGUUAUUUUGGCUCUGAUUCCAUUGUUUCUAGCAAGUGCUGUGCUGUCUUGGAAACUGGCCAAGAUGAUUGAGGCCAGGGAAAAGGAGCAAAAGAAACAAAAACGUCAAGAAAAUAUUGCAAAAGCUAAACAACUAAAAAAGGAUUGA